UUAAUAUGCCAACAAGAACACCUGGGAAAUGCAGAAACUUGUCCAGAAAAAAGUGAAAUAUUACUAUUCCAUGUAGGCGGCCAUCUUCUUUACCGGAAAAACACCAACAGGAAGCUUGUGGGGGAUUCUGGGAAUUGUAGUUCUCUAACUGUCGCUGAGUUGUUGUUGCAAAUGUAAAAGUUGAAACGCAGAUCAGUUUCAGAAUCAAUUAACCCCAGGUUUUUCGUUCUAGAAUGUUCUUUAAACUUAAGUGUGUAUAAUAUUGAAAUCUUUUUAUAAUUGGUUGUAUUCUGGUAUGAAAUACUGUUCUGUUAUGAAUGCUUCCCAUUGUGGGAGGCAUAUCACAGUGGAAAAAGCCAACUGCGAGAGAAGAGGGACGGGUGGAAGGGGGCACGGAGAGAGACUGGCUAUAACAUCAUGUUACAAAAACUGAUUUGCUGAGCCAUGCAAGGUACACUGCAGCUUCUCAACUGAACCUUCACUGGACUCCCACCAGCUCUGGGGCAGAGCCUAGACGCUACUGGAGUAGAAUUCCUAGAGCACGCAGAGAGACUACUGGAACAAGCUCUGGGAGUCUGCCAUCCAGUGUCCCCCCAUGGACUCUGCAGACGCAGGUGAUCUGGAGGCUGCCUCGGGUGAGGACUGCUUGGCAGUGCAUGGAAUAGGGGAGCCCCCGAAAUGCAAGCAGGACCCCCAAGACGCAGGCAGUGACCCCCCUGGUCAGGACCUACUUGAGUACGAGCAGGAUAUUGGCUCAUUGCUGAGGAUGGUUGCUGAGCUCAAUGGGAAUAUUGGGGGGCUACAGGGACCACCCAGUGCCAAAGAAGCUGAUGCAAUCCCCCUUAAAGAGAUGCCCGGUGUUCAGAGUCCAGAGCCUCAGUGUAGCUCGCUAGAAGAUGGAGAACCACAGAGCAGCACAUUGACUCCAGGGCAAGGUGACAACACUGAGCUGUGGAUGGAGGUGCAGAGGUUACUGGACGUCCUGGAAAGCUCCAUUAACAGCAGAAGGGCCAGAGCUGUCCCCUGCACGUUCCGGGACAGUGACAGUCACAUCGAGCACCUGACAGCAGCCUGGGAAACCUGGGUCCACGUCACACAGGUGCUUGAUGACGUGGAGACGGAGUUGGGGAUCCCCUCUGACAUGGGGCUCCCCCCCGAGGAGCGCAGCUGCCUCCAGAGGGAAGUCCUCGCCUCCCGCCAGGGGAACCGCGACCUCCGCACGACCCUGCAGCAACGGGAGCAGGAGAUUCACAGGUCGAAGGUCAUGCUGAGCAGCCUGCAGGAGGAGCGUGACAGACUUAAAAAGAAGGUAAUUGCUCUCCAGUGCAGCCUGCAGGCAGUGGGCAGUGCCUCGCCCCCUCCCAACCCCUCCUCGUCCAGUGGAAUCAUGAGCCCCCCCUGCCUGUCCUCGCCCCCCUGCCCUGGCUCUCCUGUGCCCCACCCUGCGCCUGCCCUGUCCAGCGGGGGUGAUAGACCUACUCCAGCCACGUCCAGGGUCCUCGUCUUUGAGAACGGAAUUGAGCGGCUGCAUAGGUGCAUCGAGAGGCUGAGGUCUCGAAACGAUCGUCUCUCUGCAGCGCUGGAGAGAAGGAAGGGGGAGUCGGAGCGGCUCAGCAUGUUACUGGGCAAACACGAGUCCAGCAACACAGCCCUGCAGCUGGCUCUGAGAUACAGCGAGGACUCUGUGGAUGCCUACAGUGAGCUGUGGUCUCUGUGUGAAGCCAGGCGCCCCGCCCUGCUGGAGACAAGAGGGGCUGCAGACGGUCGUGCUUGCUUGCUUGUUCCAGAGCCAACAGCUUGCCCUUACUCUGCUGAGAGAAGCCCAGAGACCGGAGAGUCCCCUCACUCAGCAGCAGAGGGCGCUAUGGAGCAAACCCUUGCAGCACACAGCAGGGGGGAUCAUGAAGGUGCGCUCCGGGAGAGAAUCCUGCAGCUCAGGAAGGACCUGGAGGCCGUGCAGAUUCCUGUCCUCGAGCCAGGCGCUGGGGAGACCGGGGGCAAGGACACAGACACCCUGCCUGGGCACAGAGACCCGAAGCCAGGCAACUCACCCAGCCCCAAGAGGGGGAAAACAGCCCUGCUCCAGGAACUUGGCAGCGUCAGGGAGGAGAUGGCCGAGCUGAGGGAAGAGAUCAGGCUGGCGGAGAAGGAGAGGAGGUGUCUGGAGUGGACGCUGGCUGCUCACAAGACACAGGAAACAGCCAGUGGACUGAUACUGGAGAGCCUCCAGGCAGAGCUGGAGGAGGAGGAGGCAGGGAUACAGAUCCCCCCAGAGUGGGCAGCUCCAGCAGCCCCUAGUGUGGGGGUCCCGGGAUCACAAAACGAGUCAAUCCUGCGAGAGAUUCAGGCAGCACUGGGACGGGAGCUGGCUCUGAGCAAGAGGGUGUCUGCGCUGCGCUGCUCUUUGGAGGUAGUUCUGACAGACAGCGCCACCCGCAGGAGACACAGUAAAGAGAUCAGCGCCCAGCUGGCCAGGGAGCACAGUAGCGCGACGGCUGCCUUCCGGAGCUCUCGGAUGAAGUACCGCGAGCAGCUGUGGCGUCUGGAGCGUCAGAUCGUUGUGAUGUCACAGAGGCACAGCGCCCAGAUCGGCGGACUGCAGGGGGCGCUGCAAGCCCUGGAGUAUAGGCGAGCCGAGACCACACUCUGACGGCACCACAGACCCUGUGCACAGUGAACGGAAGAAAGAUAACCAGGAUCCUUUUUGUCAGGGCUGUGCUGCUACUCGAAUUGCCUUUAAGAAGUAUUUCGUGGCAGGUAUUCAAUAAAGCCAUUCGUUGACGUGUUCAAAACAGGAAACGCUGUCCUUCCCUCAUGUCUGCCUUUUCAUUGUCUGUUCAGGGAACCCCAGUACGGCAGUGAAAAUGUCAGAGCCCUCGGAUCGCACACUGCAGAAGUUAAUUGACAAUUGACAUUGAUUGGUAUUCAAUUGUAAACGCGAGGGAAGGACAGCUUCUGAAAUCAGCACGCUAAUGAAUGGAUUUAUUGAGGACCUGCCAAUUUAAAGGCUUCUGAAAAUCAAUUCAGAGCCCGAGAAUCAGCACGUCCAUUAGUUUCAUUGUGCUUCACCUCAGUAAGGGCAAUGUAAAUUGGAUCUAGUGUGUAACCAAAGGUCUUAAAUAUUUUUUGCCUUUCAUUAGAUUUUCAGUACUUUCUGUACAGGUUUGAUUGUAAUAAAUAAACAACGCUAGAGUGCACUGCUGCAGGCUCCCCACAAGAGGGCGCUAGAUUAUUAUUAUUUUGUUUAAUCAGAAACUACAAUAGCUGCCCACAAUCCCUUAUGAAGCCAAAAAAAAGUAUUUUUCUGCACAAAUAUUAUUAUAAUUUCAGCCGCCGUGUCCCACUAUCCUGUUUAAUUUUACUCUUCCAGAAUAAUUCCUUGGUGUCUGUUUGCUACAUUUUAACACUUUGUAGAUUCUCAGUGCCACAUACGAAUGUACUGAUACUGCAUUUAUACAGCAAGACAUUAUUGUAUUGUAAUAUAAGGCUUUUGGGGUUUACACUUUGUUUGAAGGGUAUUUGAACUCCAUGACCCCCUCCCUUAAUGUGCAUAUUUGUAAAAAACUGAAUUAUGUAUGUAUUGUUUUUUUUAAGCACUGUAGACAUUUUUAAUCUUUCACAUUAAACAGCUAUAACAAACA